CUUCCUGAUCGCAGCAACAGUUUCUGUAAUGCUUUAUUCAGUAUUACUGACCAAAUCAAACACUAGCCUGUUUUGAUCAUGGUCUCAAACAAACUUCACGCCUCCUCUAAUUGAUAUAAUAUGGUUUUAAUGGAACUAUAUGUUUACGUAAAAAUUUCUAAGAACUGUUAUCUUAUUUUUUUUCCCAGAAAAUGUUAUCUUAUUAUUAUUGAUUUGUGUACAGGUACUCUAUUGCUAAAAUCAUAAAGGUGAAUUUUCUUUUCAGUGUUUGGGGCUAUAUUAGCAUGGUUUGUGAAACAUUUUGCGAAUAAAAAUGAUUCAACGCCAUAAAACUUAGCAAGGUACAUAUUUUUUGUUUGAUCUAGCAGUAAAACUUUCUUGUUAGAAAUUCCAAGCCAAAAUUUAUAAUAAUUUUAUGGCAAAUAUAAAAAAAAAAAUGGAGCGACUCAAAUUUUUUUUGAAUAAAAUAUUAAAUUUAAUUCAAAAGAAAAUAUACUUUUACACCUUUUGCCACAUGUUUGAUGUAAAACAGAAAUAGGAAACAGAUCAAAGUUCACAGAGAUAGUUUAAAUUUGGAAAUCUCCAAUCUGGCGUGGUUCCUUUGUAAUGACAUCAGUCUCCUGACUCCUGAACAAGUUUCUAAAAUCAACUGAACAAGUUGACACCUUCUCCUUAAAAAAGAAGACUUAGGAAAAAGAGCUUUACAAAUAACUUGGAUCAUCUCCAAUUAUGUUAUUAAAAUAAAAAAGUUGGAUCAUAUAAACAAGUUGUUUUGAAUAUAUAAAGAAGUUGAUAGAGACCUGCAUUAAAGUGACAAAUGAUUUAUUUUUGUCGACAAGUGAUUUAAUCAACUGAAUCAUGUGAAUCUGUCGGUGGGAAGGAAAGUCACGGACAACUUGGUGAACUGAUAAGUUCCUUACCUAACUAGUCAGUGGUAUACCAUAUACAUACAUAUUUUUAUGGAAAAAUUUCUUAAAUAACUAUUUUUUAGUUUUUAUUCUCCAAAUAGUUCAUAAAUUCAAAAUGAUCAAAUUAAAUUUAUUAAAGAGGUACAAGACAAUAUAACAUUUAUUUUUAAUUUUACUUAAUUAUUUAUUAAAUAUAUUAAAAUAAAUAACCAUUAAAAAAUCUUUUUUAAAUUACUUUUAUUCAUAUGUAAUUUUCUAAAAAAAAUUGACAUAACUAUAAUAGGUCACAUACAUUUAAUCCGGCUGUCUAUCUUCUUUGGAUUUUAAGAAGAUAAUACACAUACACACACUAUAUAUAUAUAUAUAAUUAUUUAAAUUUAGUAAAAUAUUUAUAAAUAUAUUCAUGAAUUUCUACCUAAAUGUAUUUUAAAUAUAUAUUUAUGUAAAUUUACUAAAUUUACUAUAUAUAUAAUUAUUUAAAUUUAGUAAAAUAUUUAUAAAUAUAUUCAUGAAUUUCUACCUAAAUGUAUUUUAAAUACAUAUUUAUGAAAAAAUUUACUAAAUUUUAUAAUGAUAUUAUACAUAUUUAUCAAUGUUCUUAAAUUUUAAGAAGAUAUUUCUUAAAUAUGCACAUAACUCAAAUUAGAAAGAUAUCCCACACAUUUUGAAAAGUCUUCUAAAACAUUUUUUAAGAGAAAUUAUUUCAGGAAAAAAUGACUUUGAACGAACUCUUAUUUUUAGAAAAACAUUUGGAUUUUUUUUGGAUUUUUGAAUUAUUAUUUAAAUAUUUAUUUUAAAUCUAACUUUAAAUGAGAAAUUUGUUAUUUUAUCCCAUUUAUAAAAUAUAUUUUGAUCCCUUUGAUCUGUAUGAACUAGUUUGGAAACAAAAAUAUGUUUUGGAACUAUUUAAGAAAAUUUUUGAACUUUAUUAUUAUAAUAAAGUUAUGGAGUAUAUUAUAUUGACAUCAAAUCAAGUAUAUUGUGGUAGUUAUCUUGUGCUAUAUAUUUAUCUUGAAAUUUUUAACUAAAUUUUGUAUAAAUACAUGUAUUAUAUGUCAAUAAAUUUUACAAACUCUGAUCCCAAAAUUUCUCAAAAAAGAAUUUCUGAUCCCAAAACUAUUUUUUUUUCUUUAUUUUUUUCGAAACAAAUUUUCUCCUUAAACCAUGCAUAAUGGUAGUAUUAAAUGUUUAUUUCAACAGUUGAGAGCUUACACUGAAAAUGUUUAAAAUUAAACAUGUUAUAAAUUAUUUGAUAUUGAGUUUAUUCAACAAGUUGAAAGCUAAAAAGCUGUGAUCCAAAUGUAUUCAUCUUAAUUACUUUAAGUCAAUCAUACCAUAGCAAGUGAAUUUAUUUAUUUUAUUAUUUUAUAUUAAAAUAUUAUUUUAUGUUGUACAAAUAUAAUGUAAUUUCAUAUGAUUAGGACAUAUAAAAUUAAAAGUGAAAAUAGGGUGUUGAAAUAUUCCAACCAAAUGUAUAUGUUUUAUUUCUUUAUCUUUUCAAUAAUGAUUACAGAGUCUAAUUGCUGCAUCUGCGCGGGUGUUCAAUAUCACAAAACUUAAUUCAAUCAACUACAGUAAAAAAACUCUAUAAAUUAAUUAGAUAAUAUUUUAAUAAUUUAUAAACUAUUAAUUUUAAAAUAUCUAUUGUAAAUUAUUAUUUUAAUUAAAGAAGGUUAUAUGUUUUCAACAUCUUAGAUUAAACAUUACAAAUUUGGUUUUAAUAUCUUUCUUGUUAAUCUAUUUCAUGAUUUUAUGUAUUAUGUACAUGCAUUUAAAAUACAAUUCUACAAAUAACAUUAAAAUGUUUUGUAUUACUUAUAAAAAUUUAGAGAAAUUUGAAGAUAUAACGUCUUCCUUUUUCAAUAGGGUUCUAACUUCAAAUACGAUUACAUUGACAAAUCGCAACUGAUAUUUCUGGAAAUUUAAUUUAAUUUCGGUUCAUGUCCAUUUCUACAACAUAUUAAUUUUUUUUUUGUGAAACAUAUAAAUCGAGGAAACACAAUGUCCAUUUCUACAACAUAUUAACUUUUUUUUUUUUUGUGAAAGAUAUAAAUCGAGGAAACACAUAAAGUAAGUAAAUAUAUCGUUCAAAAAGGAACCAGUCACAUUGCAGUUAGUGGAAAUGUACAUGAUGGAGCUGAAAAAGCCAGAAAAACUUCGGGCUUCUACAAGAGAUCAAGUCGGUAAUCGGUGAACAAUACCAGUGUCUAUCUUAGUUUAUAAAAUAGAGACAAAAUUUUAAAGUGUUGGCUGUUAAUGGGUUUGAAUUUGGAAUAUGGCAUUCUGAACUAUAAUACAUAUAUAUACUAUUACAUCAAACAAUUAAAUGAAAAUAAGACUGUAAAUAGUUUACAAUAUAAAAUGUCGCAAGCUCAUAUUUCUAUGGCUUUCUGUGACCAAGAGGUCCAAGCCCUGACCAACACCGCUAUCAAAUCAUAACAUGCAGUGUUUCAUAAAUUAUUACACAAAAGAAGAACAAAAAGGAUAAGAUUUGUCGACAUCAUGAAUUAGUGUGCCAAAUAAAAUAAUUAGCCACAUGCAAGCUAACCAUCUAGAUCCAUGGUUACUCCUGUUGUUGUACAUCUAUAAAUAUGUUGUUGCUCAUCUCUUACGUAUUCGAGUCAUAGACACGAAAGCUAUAUAAGUGAAAAGUGUAAUGGCGCCGGAGAAUCUUCCAUGGGAUUUGGAGGAGAAGAUACUCUCUGGGCUUCCACCUCUAUAUCUUGUUCGGUUCAGAACCGUAUCUCAACACUGGAACGCUCUUCUAAACGACACGAGGUUCAUCAACAACCACUUGGCUCGUGUCCGUCCCCAAAUCAUUUUCCUGACCGAAUCUAAGGUUUACUCCAUUGACAUUGAUCUCGGCGGAGGUGGCGCUGAUCCAACGAUAGAGGUGCGUGAGAUACCAUCAGAUUUUCCUUAUCAAGCUACGGACUUGACGCAUACAACCAUCACAACUUGCGAUGGGUUCUUGUUUCGUGACUUUUGGAAGCAAGGUGUUGCGAUUUGGAACCCGUGGCUAAAACAAGUUGGUUGGAUCGAGUACGUUGAUAAAGACUUCCAUUUAUGCGGUGUAGGGUACGAUAGGACAAGAGCCGACAAGAGUUACAAGAUCUUGGGGUACUUUAACUGUCUCCGUACGGUUAGCAACACUUACCAAGUAGGUUAUAAAAAAGUUGCGGUCUACGAGUGUGCAUCUCACGCGUUAAAGUUUCUUGAUGUCCCUUUCAAGCAGUGGCCCAAUAUGGCACCUUUGUCUUUGAACGGGAAUCUUUAUUGGGUCACUAGAAACCCGGAGGACACUCAUCGUCAUGAGUAUGUCAUCCGAAGCUUUGAUUUCUCGAGUGAGAUGUUCAAAACCUUUUGUCUCCUCCCUUGCCGGAAGAACCAUUCUCGCGAUGAAUUGCUCCUAGCGGUUUAUAAGAGAGAUGGUUUCUCUUUGUUAAAGCAAUGCUAUGUAACGGGUGAGAUUGAGAUUUGGGUAACAAAGAACAAGAUCGAUGAAGAGGAAGUGGAGUGGAUAAACUUGAUGACUUUUCCAACAAGUAACUUACCCAAGUUAAUCAAUAAGCUUUGUGGGGUUAGUUACUUCAUCUAUGACAAGACUCUAAUCAUGUGUUGUGGGGACGAAGAAACUGGAGCAGCUGGCAUCUAUAUUAUGAGGGAAGAUAUAUGCAAGAAGAUUCAAAUAGAUCUUGGGGUUGUUAGGUUUUCUCACUGUGUUUAUCUUCCAAAUUUUGGCUCGGUUCCUUCAGAAUUCAGACCGCUGCGAGUUUAAUUUUUGGCUUUUCUUGUUUUAUUACAAAUCUUAAUUUCAUGCCAUUUUCCCUUUUUAGAAGGUGCUUCUGUUUUCAGUUUCUUGUAUGUUGUCUCUAUGUGGUAUGAUUAUUUGAAAGGAAAAGUCCACUCUCGUGCUA